AUGAACACCAACUUAUCAAUCAAACAUCAACAUUUCAUUGACCAACACAAUCGAAUCAGUUUACUAAAAGGAAUCUCCAUUUCAGGAAACUCAAAACUACCAUCAAACUCAGCAGAACUAAAUUUACAUGAACCCCAAGAAUUCUUCAAGAACCAUCGAUCAGUUUCAUUUAUUGGAAACCCCAUCAACUUAACCGAUGCUUCUUUUCAUCUAAACCAAUUAAAAACUUUGGGAUUCGAAUUAAUUAGACUAGUUAUCUGUUGGGAAUCUAUCGAACAUUUCGGUCCAGGUGAAUAUGAUGAAGAGUAUUUAAAUUAUAUUGGCAAGUUAAUUGAGAUUUGUGAAGGAUUGAAUCUUUGGGUGAUUAUUGAUUGUCAUCAAGAUGUUUGGAGUAGAUUGACUGGUGGAUCAGGGGCUCCUGGUUGGACUUUAGAUUUGGUGGGAUUCCAGUUGGAAAACUUGUUGGAGACUGGAGCUGUGACUUUACAUCAGUUUAAUCAUCAGAAUGGAACUUGGCCUACUGGUUAUCAAAAACUAGCUGCAGCUACUAUGUUUACUUUAUUCUUUGCUGGUCAAACGUUUGCUCCAAAGCGUACAGUAGAUAGAUCAUUGCAUUCAAAAUGGUCAAAGGAUAGAUCAGGUGAAUUGAUCUCGAUCGAAACUUUCUUACAAGAAAGUAUGAUCGAAGCUUUUGGUGAAUUAGCUGAUCGGCUCAGUGAAUUUAAGUGUGUGAUUGGUUUUGAACCUAUGAAUGAACCGCAUCGUGGUUAUAUCAAUCUAUAUUCUCCAUAUCGAUGGAAUAUAACUACUGAUCUUGCUUUAUACGAUUGUCCAAAUUUCAUCGAAUCCUUAGCCUUAGGAGACGGAAAACCACAAAGCAUCGAUUUCUAUACCCCAACCUGGCCGAUGCCAGCCAUCAGAUUAAACCGUAAAAAACUAAGUCCAUCUGUAAGAGCAUGGAAAUCAGGCGUGGAAUGUGUUUGGAAAGAACAUGGGAUUUGGUCUUGGAAUCAAAAAUCAAAUCAACCCAUCGUUUUAAAACCCAAAUAUUUUAAUUUAGAUCCACUGACGGGAAAAACCUAUGAUUUUUAUCAUCAAGCGUUUUUUCCUUUUAUUAAAAAGUUUUCAAAUCAUAUUCAAAGAAAAUUACCUAAUGUUAAGAUUAUGGUGGGACCUAUUCCUAAUGAAUUUUAUCCUGAAUGGAAAUUAGAAGAAAGACCUAAAAAUUUAGUUCUUGCACCUCAUUUCUAUGAUUUGUUUUCUCUUGUACAUAAGUCUUUUGGUAAUAUCACAUUGGAUGUUCAAGCGAUUUGUUUGAAAAGACCUAUUUGGGAAUGGAUUUACUUCGGACAAUCAGGCGCAAAAAGAAAUUAUACGAAUCAAAUUAAAAGAAUUAUAAAAUCAGCUGAAAAAACGAUAGGAAAUGUACCAUGUUUGAUUGGAGAGAUUGGAAUGUGUAUGGAUUUGAAUAAAGGAGAAGCCUUUAAAACGGGUGAUUUUACGUGGCAAGAAAGACAAAUGGAUGCUUUGAUUUGUGGUUUAGAAUCUAAUUUUGUUUCGUUUGCGUUAUGGAAUUAUAAUCCUUAUAAUACUGAUCUACAUGGUGAUGGUUGGAAUGGAGAAAACUUUAGUUUUAUUAGUUCUUCUGCUCCUAAAGAUUCGAAUGGGAAUCAUCAACCAAGACUCUUGAAAGCUAUUCUUAGACCUUUUGCAAGAAGGAUUGCAGGAUUACCAAGGUUUACUCGGUUUGAUUAUGAAACGAAAUCUUUUGAAUAUAGAUAUCAGAAUCAUAUAUCGGUUAAACCUGAUACAAAUCAAACUGAGAUCUUUUUACCCAAUGAUCUGUAUAAUGAAAAGUCAACUAAGAUUGAAAUUAGUGAUGGAACUUAUUUGUGGAAAACUGAUGUUCAAUGUUUGAUUUGGACUCAUGAGAAUGAAGAAGAGAAUGAAGUUCAUUGGAUUAAGAUUCAAUUAAAAGAUCAAGACCCAAAUGAUCAAACAAAUCAAAAAGGUUAUCAUCAAUUGAUGUAUACUGUUCCAAGUAUCUUGAUUGCUUUAAUUGGGAUUUGGUCUUUGGUUUCUAAAAAAAAUAAAUUGUCUUGAGAUUCAGAUUGUAUUUAAUGAUGAUAUUCAGAUCUGGGAAGUUUUCUUGUGUUUUUAUAGAUUUGUUGAAAAAUUCCAAAAGAUUGAUUGAAAAAUCAUGACUCUCUUUAAAGAAAGAUGACCAGACUGGGGUCUUUUUUUUGAUACAACACACAAUAUCCAAAGAUAAUCAAUUGAAAAGAUGACAAAUCUGCAUUCUUGCAAAACUUAUAAAACACGCUCGUGAUUAAUUUUGAUUUUAAACAUUAUGUGUAAAUAAGAAGAUUCACAUAUUUUGCAAAUUGAUUUUAUAAGAAUUGAUUUUGU